AUGUUCCCCACAGUGGCCCCAGAGGUGACUGUACUCUCCAGAAGCCCAGUGAACCUGGGAGAGCCCAGCAUCCUCAUCUGUUUCGUGGACAAGUUCUCCCCUCCAGUGGUCAAUGUCACCUGGCUCCGGAAUGGACAGCCUGUCACCAAAGGCGUGUCAGAGACAGUGUUUCUCCCGAGAGAGGACCACUUCUUCCACAAAUUCCACCAUCUGACCUUCCUGCCCUCCACAGAAGAUUACUAUGACUGUGAGGUGGAUCACUGGGGUUUGGAGGAGCCGCUGCAGAAGCACUGGGAGUUUGAAGAGAAACCCCUCCUUCCAGAAACUAAAGAGAGUGUUGUGUGUGCUCUCGGGUUGUCUGUGGGUCUGAUAGGCAUCGUUGUGGGGAUUAUCCUCAGCAUGAAGGGUAUUAAAAAAUGCAAUGCUGCAGAACGCCACCAAGGAGGCCUGUGA